AUGGCGGCAAAUCUGGCAGAAUCUGAGAACGGGAGUGCCUCCCAGCGCUCAUCCCAACCACCUUCAGUCAAAUCCGUCGACGUCGUCUCCAAAUCACCGAAGCUCAACGGCCAAAAUGGCCACCCUGCCGACCAGGCACUUCCUAAGACACUUGAGAAGGGUUCCAUGUUGAAAGAGCGCUUGACACGCAUCUUCUCAUCCAAGGAUUCUUCUCAGCGCAGUAUCGCUUCCGAGUCCAAGAAGGGGAGUGACACCCCCCAGAGCGCCACGGGGCCGGCCCUUCCCAAGGGAAAAGAAAAAAGCGAGUCUCUGCCACGCUUCAUUGUUAAUCCUGAGUUGCCUGGCGGCCAUGAACAUCAUCUCAGGGGCGCCCGGCGCCAAGAGAGGCUGAUGGACAUGAUCAAAAGCUUUCUUGGCAUGAAGCCUGAGCAGUUGCCUGACAGCAACGAGCUGUCGUUAAUGUCUAGCUGGGUCGACAACUUUAGGAAAGAGAAAGUCGAUCAGGCCGCCGAAAAGAAGACCGGUCAUGAGAAUAAGCCGUGCACUUUGGUCGAGAAGUAUGGCAAGUGUCAGGAAGUUGUCGGUAGGGGCGCUUUUGGCGUCGUGAGGAUAUCGCACAAGAAGUUGGAGAAUGGACAAGGCGAAAAGCUGUAUGCCGUCAAGGAGUUCCGUCGGCGUCCCGAAGAGACGGAGAAAAAGUACAGCAAGCGACUGACGGCAGAGUUCUGUAUCUCGUCAUCGCUCCGCCAUCCCAACGUUAUUCACACGCUUGACCUACUCCAGGACUCCAAGGGCGAUUACUGCGAGGUCAUGGAGUUCUGUGCUGGUGGCGACCUGUACUCCCUCAUCCUUUCGGCUGGCAAACUUGAUGCCCAGGAGGCCGACUGCUUCUUCAAGCAAAUGAUGCGCGGUGUCGAGUACAUGCACGAAAUGGGCGUUGCGCAUCGUGAUCUGAAGCCCGAGAACCUGUUGUUAACCACUCGUGGCUGUCUCAAAAUUACCGACUUCGGCAAUGGCGAGUGCUUCCGGAUGGCCUGGGAGAAUGACGCCCACAUGGUGUCUGGCCUAUGUGGCUCGGCUCCCUAUAUUGCGCCCGAGGAAUACAACUGCAAGGAGUUUGAUGCCCGCGCCGUUGAUGUCUGGGCCUGUGGUGUCAUCUACAUGGCUAUGCGGACUGGCCGCCACUUGUGGCGCGUAGCCCGGAAAGAGGAAGACGAGUUUUAUGCUCGCUAUCUCGAAGGCCGCAAGUCAGAAGAAGGCUAUGCUCCUAUUGAGUCCCUCCACAGGGCUCGGUGUCGGAAUGUGAUUUACUCAAUAUUGGAUCCCAACCCUUCGCGCAGAAUCACCGCCUCACAAGUCCUCAAGUCUGAAUGGGGCCGCGAGAUAAAGUUGUGCAAGGCUGGUGAAGAAGGCCUCUAA